GGGAAUUCUAAAAUAAUUUUUAUUUGCCAAAAAACCAUUGGCGUACCAUUUUUUCUUAAAAAAUAUCGAAGUCAAUACCCGUAUGCAUGCCACUGUUAAAGCUAAAAAUUAUUUUUGCAUUUAAAAAUCUGCAACUUUAUUAACUUUCACUACGUACUGAAUAUCAGUGAAAUAUCCGAAGCGGUUCUGAAAAUAUUAAUUUCCAUUUUUUUCCUAAAACUUCAACACCCCGAGUUUUUCUAAGGAAACAUUUUUGGACCAUAGUUUAUUAACCAAACUAACACUUUUUCAUGUAGAUUCACACCAUUAAAUAUUCGCAUAUCAUUAAGGAACACCCUGUCCCUGUAUAUUAUGUAUGUGUUGUCCUUUCUGAAGAAACAUUAUAUUCAAAGUGAUAUCUAAGGCUUUAUUUGAAAAAAUAAAUAGUUGUAAUAUACUUCACCAACCAGGGAUUUUUUAUCUCUCCGGAAUAAAUAACAAACGGUAGAUGUGCUACUAGGUUCUAGCUUUGUAUUCCUACAUCUAAAGUAAGUGUAUUUGAGACAAGAAUUAUCAUUAAAACAGAUUUUUAGCACAGAAAUCCUCACCGAGCACAUAUGCACUGCCGCUUCGCCCGUUUCCUUCCAGCUAUAGCAUACAACUAACAGCUUAGACCACUGAAGCAGAUGUUACAUCACAUCUGAGCCAAACCAUGAUAGCUCAGGCGUCAUGACGUUUAUAGUCGAAAUCACGAAAGAUGACGAUUACGUCAUCAUUUUAAUCUGUAGUAAAGACAAACGACAGCGAUAUGUGAAUAUUUUUAAUGAAGUUUCAGAUACGCUAGACAUAGACAAACAGAAUUUUAUUGUCUAAAAAAACUGUAUUGCUAAUAUGCAUGUAUUCGACAAAGAUAGACGAUGUUUUCAUGUCGCAUGAUCGAUCAUUUUUGAAGGCUGAAUAGAUAGGUUAUGUUAAAGUAGGUUAGGUUGUUUCCGAAUAAUACUUUGGUCUUUGGUGUUUCUGUCUUAGGGCAUUCUAAUCAUAACUGUUUUUUUCAAAACAAAAACUCCGCACUAAAAUUAUGAUCAAGGUAUCACUCAAAACCUUGAAAUAAAAUAAAAAUAAAAAUAUUCGGUGAAAUAACCUAACUUCGCAAAAUCAUAAUAUAAAUUUAUUGUCAUUAUUCCUGUCAUCGUGAUUUUAUCAUCGAGGUACGUCCAUUGAUUACUUCUGUACAAUUUGUGGUAUGACGUAAUAGUCAUCUUUCGUGAUUCUGACUAUAGUCAACACGUACAGCUAAACAACGAGUGCACAUCAAGUAAGCAACAGCUAGUUUUAAGUUGACAACUUAAUGUCACAGAAAACCUAUACAUAUAAUGUCAAAAAAAAACGACAUAACGUCACUUUUCAAGAUACGUAAUACCGCUGCCGAUUAUAUGUUUGUUGAACAUAAAUCCUAGCACCUGCAACAACCAACAGGCUACAGUCACGGCCAAAUUUGGCCGGUAAGCGAGCUGGUUCGAGAAUACACAGUUUUUCGAAAGACCAACUGCAGUUGCUACCAUGUAAACGACGUUCGGGCGAGGAUAUGCCGAGAUUGCGCUUGGGAAAAUAUUCAAGAUAUUUUGUUUAUACAGGUUGGCCAGUGGGAAAGUUCACAUUUCCAAUUUGAAUUACGCGGCAACCGUAUACGCGAUUAAGUAGGGAGAGGUCUUGAUCGACUCGUUCGGCGUGCGGGCUAAAUAGUCACAUUGGAACGUUGGACCGGAGCGUAACGUGCUUUUGGUAUCGAGGCUUACUUUAAGAGAGGUGAUACAUACACAGCUGCCCUUAUCAAAUUUUGUACACGAUACGAUAUUUUUAACGACCAAGAGAUGCCACAAGUAAGAACCUAUAUAACAAGUGGAUCAAGAGGUUUCGUGAAACAGGCUCUACUCUUAGUCAACCCGUUCCUGGCUCCACACCUACUGUAUCAACCGAACAAAACGUGCGUCGAGUAAGAGAUUCGGGCAUUGCAAAUCCUCGGCGUUCUGUACGGAAGCAUUCCGCUGCUUUGGAAAUCACUAGGUCAACACUGCAAGGCAUAAUGAAGAAAAAAUUGGGUUUUCAUCCUUUAAAAGUGAGGAAAGUGAUUACGUAUUACAGAAAUCUUAUGCUGAACGGAUGUUGAAUCUUUUUCCUACGUUGUUUUCAGUGGCGAGGCCCAUUUUCACUUAAACGGUUAUGUGGACAACCAAAAUUGCAGAUAUUGAGCACCAACGAACCUAAAAGAGAAACAUCAACAACAGCCAGAUAGUCCAAAGGUGACUGUUUGGUGCGCCAUAUCCUUUAGCGGUAUUACUGGGUCGUAUUUCUUUGAAGAUGAAAACGGUCAUGCAUUGACAGUCAAUUCCGAGCGAUACAAGGACAUGUAUUGUAUUAUUAUUGUAAGAACAGAACGUCGAUUUAACAGAAUUACAUGGUUUCAACAGGAUGGGCCGAUGCCCAUAUUUCCGGAGAAUCUAUGGACACGGUGAAAGCACUUUUGCCUCAAAAAGUUAUAUCGAAAUUUGGAGACAUUCACCGGCCUGUUAGGUGACCCGACCUCACGCAAUGCGAUUGUUUUUUGUGGGGUUAUCUAAAGUCAAAGGUGUAUUCCAAUACUCCACGAAUACUGGAGGAGCUUAAAGACAACAUUCGACGAGAAAUGAUCAACAUCACUCGGAGUGUUUCAGCAUUUGCGCGCGCAAUUAGAAGAGUGUGUCCGAAGGGAUGGCAAACAUUUGGACGGAUGCAUUUUCGCUGGGGACCUACUUGGCGAUACAGCCGAAGCAUGUUAUCCAGCUGGGUGGGACUUUUUUUACGGUGGGACUCUUAAAAUCCCUCAUAGCGCUAUUAGCAAUUUUCUCGAAAGCCAGUGUGGUUCACAUAAGUAAUAAGAACAAUAAACAAAACGUUAUGGUGUGGUGCUUAUUGUUCUCUGUAUUAGGGAACAUACUUUCGGCGGCAACUUCAUCGGUCCUCUUAUACUUCGUAGCUCGUCUGAUUUGUGUUGCUAGCAUUCCAGUACAAGCCAUAUUGAAAAGUGAAAUAACAAAACAUUCUAAAGACACCGACGAAUCCUCUAAGGUAUUGAUGAAUUUGGAAACCAUCGGAACUGUAGGUUUCAUGGUUGGAAGAGUGAUUGGAGGAUAUUCCGGUGAUUACGUCACAGGAAACGAAUAUGUGUAUAUGUCGAUGAUAGGGAACAUUCUCAUUUCUAUUGUUUUGGUGAAAUCUUUACCUGAAGAGGAUACCAAACAAACUAAGGACUCGAAGAAAUCUAAAGACGCCCAAAAACAUAUGAACAUUAUAGAAGAAGCCUGGCAAGAGAUGUCAUCGUUGUUUACAGAUUUGAGUAUGUUGGCGACUUCUCAAUACAAAGACGUGUUUGCGAUCAAACUGUUCGUGGAAUACGUUUCGGUGAUCAACUUCAACGCGCUAGGGACAACGUUGAACGCGGAAUACCGAUUGCCGAUGGCGACAAUCGGAUAUUGCAUCGUUUUCAACAUGACCGUUCCGAUAGUGGCAAGUUGGUUCGUUAGUACGGUUCGAUCGAGGUAUUACGCGGAAGAUUCUGGUUACUUAAGAGUGCGGCAUUUCACGUCCGUGCUAGUGGCCACUUACGCGAUUUCCUCGGUCACGUCGGAUUUGCCCGUGUUUAUUUUAGCAAUCACCGUGAAUUCGGCAGCGAAGUCGUUUAUAGACUCGGCUCUGGACGAUUUGCUACAUUUAAAAAUCGAAGCAGAUCAAUCUAAAGGCAAAAGAAACCGCACGACAAUUGCCUUGAAAUGUUUUAAUAACAUAAAUACCAUUGCUCAACUCAUUGGACCGCUAACAUCGGGAAUUCUAUCUUGUAUGUUUAGCAUAAGAAGCAAUUUUCUAGCGUGUGCUCUAUUCAUGAUCUUAACAAACCGACUGUCUGAAACUUAGCAGAAGAAGUAUUAUUUUUUAUAAGCAUAUGUCUAAGCGGAUAGCUGAAAUCCGUGCGCUGAGUAGGUUUACUGAAAAAUGUACAAUUGUGCUUACAACGUAUUGCGAAAUGAAUUCUGUGAUUUUGAAUAAAAUGAUAAGAUAAUAAUGAAUUGUUUUCUCUGUUGCACUUCAAAUAAACCAAAUAUAUCCCUAUUAACAGAUUAAGUG